CCGGGGCUUUGUGCAUGCUGCUGGGGUGGGUUUUUGGAUUUGAUAGUAAUGAAUACCUGUCUCCACGUUGUCCGCAACACGGCGUCUGUUGGGUGCACGUGGACUCGUCAGAGGCCUGAAGAGCCCGGCACGAUUAUUCCUUAUGCGACUGGGGAGUAGGCCAACUCUACCUGGCGCUCUGGACUCCUCAUUCCCGGGCCUGGCGGGACCCACAGCAUCCCAGGACAGACCCCCGCCCCACUGAAGCUGACGGAUGAUGCUCCAGUCCCAUCUCUGUCUCCCACAGUCGAGCCCCGUUGAGGAUGGAGCCCACCUCAGGCUUUGCAGAGCAACCUGGGCCUGAGAAGGCUGAAAGUGAGGAGCAAGAGCCGGCGCAAUGGCAAGCCCUCCCUGUCCUGUCGGAGCAGCAGUCGGGGGCCGUGGAGCUGGUACUGGCCUAUGCUGCACCUGUCCUGGACAAGCGCCAGACGUCCCGCCUCCUCCGGGAGGUGUCUGCUGUCUAUCCACUUCCGGCCCAGCCCCACCUCAAGCGGGUGCGCCCCAGCCGUAGUGCAGGCGGUGCGCACUCAUCGGAUCUGCUGUUGUGCUUGGCAGGGCCCUCUGCCGGCCCGCGCUCGCUGGCCGAGCUCCUCCCCAGGCAGGCCGUGGACCCGCGUGGCCUGGGCACACCUUUUCUGGUGCCUGUGCCCGCCCGGCCGCCUCUCACCCGGAGCCAGUUUGAGGAGGCGCGGGCCCACUGGCCCACAUCGUUCCAUGAAGACAAGCAGGUGACCAGCGCGCUGGCCGGGCAACUCUUCUCUGUGCAGGCGCGAGCCACCAUGCAGACCCACAUGGAACGGGCAGUACGUGCGGCCCAAAGGGCAGCGGCGCAGGGGCUGCGGGCAGUGGGCGCUGUCGUAGUGGACCCAGCCUCGGAGCACGUGUUGGCCACAGGCCACGACUGCAGCAGCGUAGCCAGCCCCCUGCUGCAUGCUGUCAUGGUGUGCAUCGACCUGGUGGCCCAGGGACAGGGCCGUGGCUCCUGUGAUCUCAGACGCCACCCGGCUUGCUCCUUCACGCAGGCCACUGCCACUCAGGGCGCCCGCGCCGGUAGCGUGCGCAAGCUGGACGAGGACGGCCUGCCCUAUGUGUGCACCGGCUAUGACCUGUAUGUCACCCGAGAGCCUUGUGUCAUGUGCGCCAUGGCCCUCGUCCACGCCCGUAUCCAACGCGUCUUCUAUGGGGCACCUUCACCGGAUGGCGCCUUGGGCUCGCGCUUCCGUGUCCAUGCUCGGCCAGACCUCAACCACCGCUUCCAGGUGUUCCGCGGCAUCCUCGAGGACCAGUGCCGCCAGCUGGACCCCGACCCAUAGGCCUGGUGACCUGCUUCUAGACCAUUCUCUGCUCCUGGCCAGCCCGCAUCCCCUGCAGCUCCAUGGCCUUGGGCCUGGGGGGCCCCACCCUCUGUGUCUGAGGACACUGACCAUCUGUGCCAGACUGUGAGCCUCUCAGUUUUGAGACUGCAGCUUCUUGUCUGCUGGCUGCGACGACCGUGGGGCUCAGCUUUGCUUACUAGCCCAGUGGCUGUCUUAUAGUCCCCGUGGUCCUCCAGGCUCGGGGCAGGGAGCAGCCAUGAGUGUGAAAAUAAAGCACCUCAAACUAAGUUCCCGUUUGCACUCAGGUGCCAGGCUGGGUUCGACCUCUGCCUCAGGCUAUGGCUUGUGAAGGGGAGUGGGCAGCCCUGCUGAGUACUGUGGGCUCCUCGUGCUUCC